AAAAAGCUUCCUCAGCCGCCUGGGGACAGGUGCAUCCUACACGCAUCCUGCGACUUCGUCGAUUGCCAUCGGCCAUCAUCAUUCGCGUCAACAAAGGGUAGCCGCGGCUUCGUCUCCCACUCAGUCCUUUCUAUCAUUGACUGGACAUGUUGGCGACCUAAAAGCCAACACACUGUCCUUGGAAACUUCUCGCCGACGCAACUUCUCGACAAGCACCACCCAUCUUUCGAGGCAAUCAUGUCGUUCACCUUUGGUACCCCGACCUCUUCGAGCGCGCCGACAAACAAUGCGACCACGACGGCACCUUCUUCAGGUGGCAUCUUCGGUGCUGCGGCAUCCGGAAACACGACGCCGUCAUUCUCAUUUGGAACCCUAGGUGGUGCUUUGGGCGCCAAACCCGCCACUCCCUCUGGUACCGCAGGUUCCAUGUUCGGACAAGCAAGUGGCGGAAGCACUCCAAAGCCAGCUGGCGGUCUGUUUGCAGGCGCUCCGUCCUCCAAUACUCCUUCUGGCACCGCGACUCCCUCGGCUGGAUUAUUUGGUGGUAACGCGUCGACGACACCGGCAUCAGGUGGUGCGCUUUUUGGCGGAGCAACCCCGGCCGCGACGGCAUCCUCUACAACACCUGCAACUACCGCACCCGCGAGUGGUGGGCUGUUUGGAGGGGCCAAGACAGACACCACUACUCCUACACCUGGUGGCGGUCUGUUCAGAGGAUCCGCCGCGACGACGAGCAAACCUGCAUCCAGCAUAUUCGCCGCUGGCACGAGCUCUGGCGCCAGUGCUUUGUUUGGCGCCCCAAAUAACACGGCCCAAGGUCAAACGAUGGCUAGCACAUCUUCUGCACCAUCUCCAGGUCUAUUCGCCAGUACCGGCAAUAGCCUCUUUGGCAACAAAAGCGAGGCCUCGGCCAGCUCACAGGUUGCAGCUCCAGCCACGACCACCACAGCCACUCCUGCGAAGCCCGCAUUCUCCCUAACAUCGACAACGCCGGCUGGUGCACCGCCCACGGACAAUUCCAAGCCUCCGGCAACCGCGCAGACCGCAAGCGCAGCGCCGACUUCUAGUCUGUUUGGUGGGCAGGCAGCAUCCGGCGCUCCCAGUGGAGGUGGUCUUUUUGGCGCAAAGCCGGCCGCCGGAGGUGCGGGAGCUCCUGCGGGAGGCCUUUUCGGCGGUGCGGGAGGCAGCUCCACGCCAGCGUCAUCUGCGGCCCCGGCUAGUGGCACCCCGGCUGGCUCAGGAACCGCAGGCUCUCUGUUCAAAAAGCCUGCGGAUUCCCAGACUGCCGCAACUCAAGGUUCCGCCGCCGGUGGACUUUUCGGAAACAAACCGGCAACCUCUACCGCUGGCACGACAUCGGCUGCAGCGUCCACAGCGCCGGGGACGUCGGGCGGGCUGUUCAACGGGAGCGCCCAGCCAUCAGCUGCAGCAAAGCCCGCUUCUUCGCUUUUUGGUGCCCCAGCAGCGCCGACAACUUCGCAGCCCUCCUCAAACGCUGCUACGUCAACGACCACCACUCCCGCAGCAGCUGCGGCACCCGCCGGAGGACUUUUCGGCUCCAAGCCUGCAAUGGACGGUGCGGCCAAAGACAAGGAUGCUGCCAACCCCCCCGCGCAGGCUGGCACCGCUCCUGCUAUGGGUGCUUCAACUAAUGGUCCAACAUCCCAAAUCCCUCGGUUGAAGAGCAAGACAAUGGAAGACAUUGUCACUCGGUGGGCCUCGGAUCUGUCGAAGUAUCAGAAAGAAUUCAAGCAGCAGGCGACGACCGUUUCCACUUGGGACAGGAACCUGGUGGACAAUGGGGAGAAGAUACAAAAGCUGUAUCUCGACACUUUCGAGGCUGAACGAGCCAGCCAUGAGAUUGAGCGACAGCUUGCCGCAGUGGAGAGCCAACAGGACGAGCUGGAGGCUUGGCUUAACCGUUACGAGUCCGAAGUGCAGGACAUGUUUGCCAAGCAAAUGGGCCCGGGCGAGCAGCUGGCCGGACCUGACCAGGAACGCGAGCGCACCUACAAGCUUGCUGAGAAGCUCACACAGCAGCUUGAUGAGAAGUCCCGUGACCUCUCAAAAAUGGUGAAGGAGAUUAAUGACAUUUCUGGCACACUAACCAAAGGAGCAAAGGCCGAAGACCCCUUGAGCCAGAUCGUCCGAGUGCUGAACGGUCACCUUACCCAGCUACAAUGGAUUGACGUCAACUCGUCGGCUUUGCAGGCCAAGGUGACCGCUGCGCAAAAAUCCAACAGUGCCUUGGGUAGCCACUACAGCGGUGUUGACAACGAUGCGGCAGAGAGCUUCUACCGCUCGUAUACAGGCCGAAGAUGAACAUCAUUGGAGGUGGAUUUUGGUUGCGAUUGGUAUUAAAAUCAUUCCGUUGGCGUUCAAGGCAGUAUCAGACAACGGUACUAGGGCAAUUCUCGCAACACAGGUGUGGGAGCUGCAGGUUCUGAGCUGGGUAUGUUUCUGUAGGCUUAUGGGCACACAUAUGUGGUUGUACACUAGCUUAGACUGUGGCAAGACGCAGACAUUAAACCUUCGGCUUUCAAUGUCAUUCAUGCAAACUGAC